UCAAGUCAAGCCAAGAAACAUUCAACAACUUAUCUUUGGAAAAAACCUACAUGUAAAUGCAAAUUUACCAUGAAUUCCAUAAAUGCCAAUUUUUCCCAGAAUAUCACCAUUCCACAUCCUGAAUACUUUUUCAUCACUGGACUUUCAGGUAUACCAUACAGCCGCUAUUAUUAUAUUUUCUUAUUUUGCACUUACAUUAUUGCUGUAAUUGGGAACUCUACAGUUCUUCUCAUUAUAGCACUUGACCGGAGUCUGCACAGCCCAAAGUAUAUUGGUGUGUUUAAUUUGGCUCUGGCCGACAUUGGUGCAACUAACGCUCUGAUUCCCAACAUGAUGAGGAUGUUUGUUUUUGAAUCACAGUACAUCUCCUAUGAUGCUUGUUUAGCCAACAUGUUUUUUGUUUUCUUCUUUAGUGGUAUGCAGUGUUUAACACUAGUUGCCCUAUCAUUUGAUCGUGUCAUUGCAAUUUGCUUACCUCUAAGAUAUCAUACCAUUGUGAAUAAUACUGUAAUGCUUUUAAUGUAUUCAGCUCUAUGGGCAUUUAACACAUUUGUGAUAGGCACUUUUGUGAUUUUGAUCACUCGACUUAAAUUGUGUAAAUCCAAUGUGAUAAAAAGUUUUUUUUGUGAUCAUGGACCUGUGUAUAUGUUAGCAUGUAAUGACAACAGUAUCAAUCACCAACUGUCAAUAGUUGUCACAGUUUUAUACGUUAUAGCACCACUGGUCAUUGUAGUCCUUUCCUAUGUAUGCAUUUUUCUUUCCUUAAGUAAAAUUACAUCCUGGAAAGGACGGUUUAAGGCCCUUAAGACCUGUGCUUGCCACAUGAUGCUUGUAGGAACUUUUUUCCUCCCCAUUUCAGGUGCUUACAUUGCUGCAAUAAUGUUUUCUCUCCCUCCUAAUGACAGAAUAAUCAGCACAUCUCUUUCAUUUGUGAUUCCCCCAAUGUUAAAUCCCAUCAUUUACGUUUUAAACACAGCUGAAAUCAAAGAUGUAGUUCGCAAAGUGCUUUACAAAAGAUCUGCUUUAAUCACAAAAUGAAUUAUCUUACUAACAUUUGUUUAUUAAGACUUAAAGUAGAGCAUUUUGUAGAUGCUUUUGUGAUAAAUGCUAUUAGGUGAAACAGUAAAUAAUGGCUUGAUGUGGGAAU